AUGAGUUGCCUCACACAGUCCAGUGUUUUCGCGCCUAGUGUAUCCCGGGGACUGUCUCCUCAGCAAGUUUAUACUGCAGUGACAACUUACACAAUCACCGGAAGUGGUAAGACACCUGGCACUGUGAGGCAAGCGAAGCUGCUCGGCUGUGGAGUGAAAGCUUUGACACGCCUGUAUGAUUCUCGUCGACGCAUGAAGCACGUCUUGGCCGCUUGCAAUGUGAAAGCCUCCGGCUUCGUGGCCAAGUCGAGUGUGAUGGCAGCUCUGUGCGAUCCAUUAGGAUUGGACCGAAAUCUCAUGCCUUUUCUUCUUUGA